AUGUUCACUUGGAAGCUAUUCCAGGCUCUCCUUGGCGUUGCCUUGGUCGGUUUGGUCCAGGAAACCCACGCACAAACUGUCCCUUCGAAAGACUGUGCCUCCGGCGUCCAUGUCAUCAUUUCCAGGGGCCAGGGUCCUGGUAACGAUUUAAGCGUGAUGAAGGCUUUGUCUGACAAAAUCAUCGACCAAAUUCCCGGGUCAACAACUCUUGGCUUUCCCUUUGAUCAUGAUCCCGAAGACAAGUUCACCGCAGUCUCCUCUGGAGCUCUAAUGUUGCAGGGUUAUGUUGCGGAUUAUGUGAAAAGCUGCCCGAAAUCGAAACUGGCACUUGUCGGAUACUCUCUGGGUGCUGUGCUUACCAUGGAAGCUCUUUGCGGAACAAGCUCUCUUCUGUUGAUCCCAGUUCCACCACUUGACCCAUCAUACAACACGAGUGUCAUUGCGAACAUUGUUUACGGCGAUGAAACAUUCGUUCCCUUCCAACCUUGGAAUACCGGGAACUGCUCGGUUGGCCUCGGAAUCUUCCCACGCCUGAACCCUUCGUCGUGCGAUCCAUUCGCAAACUCAUUGCAUAGCUAUUGCGACUAUGGCGAUAACCAGUGUUGCUCACCACUCCCCGAUGACGACAAUCUCGCGCAUCAUACUUAUAUGAAGAAGUAUGAUCAAGAUGUGGUUGAUUUCAUUAAACGCCGACUGGUUUCUUAG